AUGCUUAGGCAUCUGCUCCUGAAAAGGACAUCCGGUCUGGCUCCCUCGCUUGCAACACGCGCCGCAUUCCAAAGUCACAAGCAAGCUGCAGUCAAGCCUCAUAGUACCAAUCGCGCAAUCACCACUGUAAAUGAGCAACGCCGAUCUGAAACCGAGACUCUUGAUCCCGAUCUCGAAUCGUUCCGCCAGCAUGCAUUCACCCCGGAACUCCCAUUGGUUAUGAGAAAUUCUCACCUUUUUGCACCUGUAAGACAUUGGUUUGUCAAUCAUGACGGGCCUUCAGCCAGUCUCAGUGACUACUUGACACAGCACAGCUCGGUUGUCUUUCCAUACGAAUUUCUCCAUAGCACGGCUCCCGGGGACAAGGACUCAGUGCUUAGCUUUAUAGACUGGCUACGUGCCCAGGAUGAGCAACUUGCGCUUUGUCUGGCAGGUACCCUUUCUAAUACUGGCCGGGACAUACCCGAGGAAAGCACUGUCUUCCACCAGUUUUUUGCUCCUCUUGACCUUCUUUCCAAGGCAUCUGAAUACAACAAGUUACAAGCCACGGAAAGUCGGGUCAAGCGGCUAUACAUAGCGCAAUCUCAGCUCAAUGAACUGCCCGAGCCUCUUCGAAACGACCUGCCAGUUCCCAGUAUUGUCGAACAUGCCGGAAAGGGGGACGUAUAUGACUCUAGUAUUUGGCUCGGCUUGGAGCCUACUUACACUCCCCUUCAUCGAGACCCAAACCCGAAUCUUUUCGUUCAGCUUCUGAGUGACAAGACUAUUAGACUGCUCACUCCUACUCUCGGACAGCAGUUGUAUGCACGAGUUCAGAAUCAGUUGGGAUCCCGAGGUAACUCACGCUUCCGAGGUACGGAAAUGAUGCAGGGUCCCGAACGUGCGGCUUUGUAUGAUGCCGUCUGGGGCUCUGAGCUCUCGGAAGACAUUCUUGAAGCCGUGCUUCAACCCAACGACGCCCUGUUUAUACCAAAGGGUUGGUGGCAUAGUGUACGAAGUAAUUUCCAUGACGGAAGGUUAAAUGCUUCGGUCAAUUGGUGGUUCAGAUGA